CUUCCGGGAAACUGACGCUCCUUCCUUAAAAGUAGGAACUAACAGACUAACUAUAACUUGAGGCGGCUCCAAUCAGCUGUGGUGUAAUUAAACUGUAAGAACUAACAGUUUGUGAUAGCAAUGGCGUUGCGAGUUGGAGGUUCCAGUGGUGGCCCCGUGUCCAGAGUGGAACUCCGGAUCGAGUGCCAGAAUCUGCUGAAGAAAGACACUUCCUCAAAAUCAGACCCCUGUGCUGUCUUCCUCUUAGAAAAGCAAGGCCAAUGGAUGGAGUAUGGAAGAACAGAAAAUAUAGAGAACUGCCAUGACCCCAAAUUCACCAAGACAUUUGUGAUCGACUACUUUUUUGAGGAAGUACAGAAAGUGAAGAUCCAGGUUUUUGACAUUGACAACAAAUCACCUCAGCUGACAGAUGAUGAUUUCCUGGGUGAACUCCAAUGUAACCUCGGCACAAUUGUGUCAAGGAAUCCUAUGGUUGAGCCGUUGAAAAAGAGGAAUGGCCAUCCUAUUGGUGGAUCAGUGAUCACGAUUCGUUCAGAAGAGAUGAAAGAAGGUGGUGAAAUAGCUCAUAUGUCUUUUAAUGCAAAGAAACUUGACAACAAGGAUUUCAUGGGGAAGUCAGAUCCUUAUAUUGAAAUGAUGAGACAGGGCCCUGACGGAUCCUGGCAGGUCACACAUCGAACUGAGGUUAUUAAGAACACGCUGAACCCCGUGUGGCGACCGUUCAGUUUACCGGUACAUGCUCUAUGUAGCGGGGACCACUCCAAGGAAAUCAAGUUUGACGUGUAUGACUGGGACAAGGAUGGGUCACAUGACCUGAUUGGUGGAUUUACAACCUCCGUUAAAGAGAUGAUGGCAGCCUCAGACCAAGAGGUGACAUUCCAGUGUAUAAACCCAAAGAAAAAAAGCAAGAAGAAGUAUGAGAACUCGGGCACAGUGCACCUCACCAGCUUCAAGUUAUCAAAGCCUAUGACAUUCCUGGACUACAUCUAUGGAGGAAUGCAGAUCAAUUUUACAGUGGGGAUAGACUUCACAGCAUCCAAUGGAAACCCCCGCUCAAAUACCUCACUACAUUUCAUGGACCCAAACCGACCCAAUGAGUACGUCCAAGCCACCAGGGCCGUCGGCGCCAUAUGUCAGGACUACGACAGUGACAAAAUGUUCCCAGCCCUUGGAUUUGGUGCUAAACUACCAACUGGAGAAGUCUCGUUUGAAUUUGCAUUGAAUUUCAACCCAUCAAAUCCUUACUGUAAUGGAAUUGAAGGUGUGAUAGCUGCCUACCAGAACUGCAUACAGUCAGUAGAACUGUACGGCCCCACCAAUGUGGCCCCUAUUAUCCAACAUAUGGCCCGGUUUGCGGCCCAGUCCCAGGCAGAGGAGUCCACAAAGGGAGCAGGACAAUAUUAUGUCCUGCUGCUGUUGACGGAUGGCGCCCUGUCAGACAUGCCACAGACCAUACAAGCCAUUGUGAAUGCCACAGCUCUGCCCAUGUCUAUUAUCAUUGUGGGAGUCGGACAGGCUGACUUCAGUAAUAUGGAGAUGCUAGAUGGGGACGGUGGCACGCUCCGAGCUCCCAACGGUCAGGAGUCCAGACGGGACAUCGUCCAAUUUGUACCCUUCCGCCAAUUUAAGAAUGAGGCAAGCAUGGGGAUACAGUCUGAAGAAAGUUAUGCUCGUGACCAGGCUUCUGCCCAGGAGUUGGCGCGUCAGGUACUGGCGGAGGUACCUCAGCAGGUGGUACAGUACUUCACCAUGCGUGGACUAACACCCAACAAGAAGCCAGCCUAGGUGUCAAAGGGAGCACUCUAAUACCUUAUAGGAUCAAAUGUUUCAAGGAUGUAAGCGGACUUCUUAAUAGUUAGAGAUAUGUUUCUAGAUAUAAAGAAUAAGUGUGUAAUUUACAGCUUAUGGAUGUUACAAUUCUACACAUGAUAUUUUUUGCCAGCUAGUUUUUGUGCAAAAAAACAAACAGCAAUAUUUUUGAUGAUUAUUUCAAUAUUUAAUUGCCAUUCAGGCAAUGUACAUUUCAUUUGGAAGUUGAUACUGUAGUCUGCUAUGUAAACAAAUUAUAUACUAGAUCUAUUUAUCCUAUCUUUGCUGUCAACAGUAGCUUCAUUAUCAUAACAGAUGGUGGAUGGAGUGAUACUAAUUUGCAUUAAACUAGAAACAAUCACAAAGAGAAAUAAUCAGCAAAUUGUGUUAUGUGAUGCACUAUUAACUCAUUCACCCCUGAAGACAUAUUUGAUAUCUUCCAGUUCAAAGGUUGGAAUAGUCCAUUAUGAAAGUUCAGGGGUGAAUGUGUUACGAUGUAUAUUGUUAACUGUAGCCUGUUUUGUUGUAUUAUUCUGUUACUGAUUUCUAUAUAGUAUUACAGCUGACCCCUUAGUACAGCUGAGUAAGAUAUACAGCCAGCUACCUUUAUUUAGUUAUUUCCCUUUAGACAAAUUUAUUACAUACAUGUCUCAUUUAGCAUAUAAUGUCUUUUGACAGAUAUUCAGCACAUAUAUGUAUAUAUAUAUAUAUGUAGGUAUUUCUUGGUAGUGUACUUUUUUGUAAUUAUUUUUCUACAAGAAGUGUGAUUAGUGUCCUAAGGUAUUUAAGAUUUUCAUGGGCGCUAUAUUUGUUCACAGCUUGCCAGUUCGCCUUAUCAAUAAGGAUCAAAUAAUAUAAUUUAUUGUUAGGUGCUACUGUUUUGGUAAUUGUCACUCUUUUAUUAAGACAGCAUCUGUUAGACUUAUGUGCCUUUUUUCCACUUAAAGAACACCCCGUGCUGUCAAUAUGUUAACUGAUUCUGGUAAAAACUUUAAAAAAUAUAUAUUACUAGAGCUCUUGUAACUCUUCAAAGUGUCUGCUCAAAAAAAUCAAUGUUAUUUCUGUUUAGGCAUUACAACUUGUAAAGAAUAGUCAUUUCAGUUUCACCAAUAUAAUGAAACCCAUAUUGAGCUUGAAAAUUAUUUCUGCCAUAAUUGAGCACUGCAACUCAAAUUUGAGUGACAUAAUCUCCUCCAUGAGCGUUUGUCCAUUUCAUAUUAUUAUAUAGUUCAAACGUUAUAAAACAUACUUGUCAAUAUGCUUUUACAUUGAUACCUUGAAAUAACACGCCAACCCACCUUUGUUAUUUGCCACCUCCCUUAUUAUAGACAUAUUGCAAUUUCCCUUUUCAUAUUUUUCUUGACUUGACUCUUCUUUUAUUCAUCUCCCCCAUGAUAUAUCUGAAGACAACUUGAUAGCCACAAAAUCUCUGUACAAAAUUGUGGUGAUAUAACAAGGAUUUACCAAAGAAGAGUUAAAUAUGUAUAAUGAGACCUCCCAAGGGAAAGCUCAAAGUGUGAUCCAUUAACAGAUCAACUCAUUCACCCCUGAAGACACAUUUGAACUCUUCCAAUUCAAAGGCUGGAAUAGUUCAUUAUGAAAUUUCAGUGGAGUGGUCUUGAGCAGUUUGGUUGUAUUACAAAAUAAUUACCUGUACAAUGGUUGAUAGCAGAGACAUACUUACAACAUAAACAGGAAUCUGUCCAAGUGGCUGGAUUUUAACUCAUUCACCCCUGAAAUUUCAUAAUGAACUAUUCCAACUUAUGAAUUGGAAGAGUUUAAAUAUGUCUUC